AUGUCGGCAGUAAGAAAUGUAGAAUCCAUGUCUAAUCAGGGCGAAUUCCAUAGCCGCGUGCCGCCCGCGGAACCUCUCACAACUACCGGGCAUAAACCCGGUGUUAAGGUAGGCAACGAUGCCGCGCCAGAGUUCCACGCUGAAAAACAUCCCCUUGGCACCGCGCCUCGGGAAAACACAUUCCAACCCCGACCCGAUAGCGAGACACCAGCCGAGGCUCCGAAUAUCGAGUCCCAGAGAUUGACCGAUCCCGUGGAUAGCCUCGGCGGCACCACAUCUCAAGCCGUCUAUACCGGUCUGAGUAAGCCAAUUCGGGGCCAAUCGGGAGCUGAGCUGCACGGCAAUCUACAUGGUGAGUAUACCAGCCGACGAAAGAAGGAGCAUGUUGGAUUAGAAGGUUCUGGGGCGAGUGUUGGUGAUAGCGUCCGUCAGAAGGGGGAGGACCUGCCUGAAGGCGUGGGGAAAGGCACGAGAGGGAAGGGUAGCACCGAAUAUCCUUCUGCAGCAGAACGCGUCCCUAUCAGUGCGGAAGAGUUGGCAGCAGAGCGCAAGGUGCCGGGGCGCGCCUACGAUUACACGUAA